ACUCCCAUUAGAUCACCGCCAUUUUGGAGUGUUUGUGGUAUUGUGAUUCAAGAUAUUUGUUAGAAAGCCUCUAUGUCGAAAUUCACACCCAAGUACAUUAUAAUUCCCUCAUAAUUUAUUUGUAACUUAUUUUUCAUAUUGAACAAGAAAUCAAUUAUCAUGGACGAGAAAGCGACGUGCAAAGAGUUGGACCAAUGGAUUGAACAACUCAAUAACUGCAAACAGUUAUCCGAGAGUCAAGUAAAAACACUUUGUGAUAAGGCUAAAGAAAUCCUUUCGAAAGAAUCAAAUGUUCAAGAAGUGAAAUGUCCGGUAACAGUAUGUGGAGACGUACACGGUCAGUUCCACGACUUAAUGGAAUUAUUCAGAAUAGGAGGAAGGAGCCCGGACACAAAUUACCUCUUCAUGGGCGACUAUGUGGACCGCGGUUAUUAUUCAGUGGAAACAGUGACGCUUCUGGUGGCCCUUAAAGUGCGAUAUAAGGAACGGAUAACGAUCCUGAGAGGCAAUCACGAAUCUAGACAGAUCACCCAGGUCUAUGGGUUCUACGACGAGUGUUUAAGGAAAUAUGGAAAUGCGAACGUUUGGAAGUUUUUCACAGACCUGUUCGAUUAUCUGCCGCUAACCGCACUUGUCGAUAGUCAAAUUUUCUGUUUACACGGUGGCUUGAGUCCUAGCAUCGAUACAUUGGACCACAUUAGGGCUUUAGAUCGAUUACAAGAAGUGCCCCACGAGGGUCCCAUGUGCGAUCUGCUCUGGUCGGAUCCCGACGAUCGCGGCGGCUGGGGAAUUUCUCCAAGAGGAGCGGGUUACACCUUCGGUCAAGACAUCUCGGAAACCUUCAACCAUACCAACGGACUGACGUUAGUGUCGAGGGCCCAUCAGCUGGUGAUGGAGGGUUACAACUGGUGUCACGACAGAAACGUAGUGACCAUAUUUUCCGCUCCCAACUAUUGUUAUAGGUGCGGUAACCAGGCUGCCAUAAUGGAGCUUGACGAUGCUCUAAAGUAUUCAUUUUUACAAUUCGAUCCAGCCCCGAGGCGCGGAGAGCCCCACGUUACACGCAGGACACCCGAUUAUUUCUUGUAAUUCAUGUAUUUGUCAAUCGCAAUAUCAUUUUAAGCUGCUUAGGUAUAUCCUAUUCGUUAACAAGUAUAUUGUACAAAAAAAAAAGAUGGAGAAGGACGAGCUUAGCUCGCUUCUUUCCAAAAAACGAUACAGCAAAACCCCCCCAUUUUCCUUUCAAACUAGACAAACGGUUCGGUCGAACGAUUGAACGCAAAGAACCAGAAAAAAUAACUGAUCCUUCUUUGAAUUGUUAGACCGAAUUGCUUAUCGUAAACUGUUGACCGUUUUUGAGAGGAACUUGACGGAGUUGAUGAUGAAAAGUGGUAAAAAAUUUUGUUCUUUUUUAUUGCCAUUGUACUGAAUUUUUGGCGGACAGUGACCAAAUUGCUGUAAACUAAAUGGUAGGACAUAUGAAUAAAUGCAUGUAUUACCCCCUCUAGUUAUACUCAGUGUUCAAUAUAAAGAGCAUUUUUUCAAUUUUUUAUUUUAUCUCAGACUCUGAUUUUUCGACGACUUGACUCCUCUCCCCCUUGAAGAACAAAUCGAAAAAAUUGAAUUUCUCGAUUAUAGUUUCUAUUAUUUUUUGUCUUCAAACGAAAUUGAAAAUUAUUUAUUGACUGUGCUCUGUUUGUUGAAAGUCUUGCUUCUCUCCAAGGUUGAUUUGGUAAAGGAGGGAAAGGUGGUAGAGACGUGGAUUUUAUUCUCUGGGCCGGUUUUUAUCGAUGAAUUUUGGAGCGAAGCCAUUUAUUGUGUUUUGUGGAAUUAUUCAUUAAAAAGAUUUUCACAUUUCUUCUGCUUUUUCAUUAUUUACCGAUUCCGUUAUAUAUCUGCUGCUUAUUUUAUACAAACUCUUCCAAAUUGUAGAAAUUGCAGUUUAUUAUUAAUAAAUCGAUCGACAAAUACUAAAGGUUGUUGUUUUGUCUCGAACAGAAUGGUUAUUUUUGUUGAAAUUUUCUUGAGUAAUAUUACCAAUAUUUAAUUUUAAGUUGAAGUUAUUUUUGUAGGCAAAAAAUAAAGUAAUUAAUUCAG